AUGGCGUCUGUCAGGGUGGCUGCGCUGCUUCCGACCCGGCCUGAGGUGUCGAAGGCCUUUUUCAAGGGCGACGACGAGCGGCUGCUGGAGCGGAUGCUGGAGGCCUGCCAGGCGCGGCCCACGGCGCGGCUGCCGGGCUACGGCCGCCAGCUGGUGCCGUACUUCUCGGAGGCCGCCGAGGGCGCCGGCCAGCCGCUGGAGCACCGGGCGAGGGCCGGCAAGCGCGAGGGCACGAUGAAGCCGGAGGGUCGCCGGCAAAAUAAGAAGAAAUCCCCUCGCAGGGGCGCCAAUAACGCGGGCGGCGGCUUCAGCGCCGGCGCGGGCCGCGACGGCGCCCUACAGGGAGGCCAGUCGCCCCCCGUGCCCAUCAACAGCGGCAGGGGCAGGCCCGAGGAGCGCGGCGCGAUCAGGAAGAAGGCGUCGGUGCCGGCGGGGCAGGCUGCGGCCAAGGGAGCCGCGGGACAUUGCGACGUGCACGAGCAACGCAAUGCGGGCGUCCCGGACGCCACGUUCGCCGGACCGGGCUAUUUCUUGUCGCCGCCUCCGGAGGCCCUGCCCAUGCCCACACCGACGCUGCUGUCUCGUGCGAUGGCAGUUUCCUACUGA